AUGGUUACGGCCGAAGAAACGCAGAGGGAGGCGCUUGAAAACGGCGGGCUGAAGCUAAAUGUGGCGAAGACGGAGUAUAUAGCCUGCAACAGCACAGAUCUGACGUCUCUCCGUAUAGGCGACGACACCGUCGAGCGCACGGACAACUUCAGGUACCUCGGAUCUGUGCUUGAUGCGUCCGGGGACAUCGAUCGCGACAUCAAGGCCCGUAUAUCAGCGGCCUGGCCGAAACGGCGCGAGGUGACGGGUGUCAUUUGUGACCCCAAAAUGCCGGUCAAGCUGAAGGGACAGGUCUAUAAGACCUGUCCUUACGUACGGCAGUGA